AUGGAAUACUUUGAAGAUGCAAAUAAACGGUUUGUACAAUAUAGGCCAUUUGUUGCAAAACAUCUGCUGCUGCGGUUGAUAAAGAACUUAAGAAGACCUUUCCAUAACCAACUCCGAACCUUAACGGGAAACGAAAGCAACUGGGGCUAUUUAGGGCAAGAGCUGGAUUUGAAGAAACAGUUUGACGAAGGUGACACUACGAAUUAUCAAACGAAUGGUGAGUUUGACCUGGUAAGCUUCGACGCAAUACGCCACAACCAGUACUACUCUUGCUGCGUGGAGCCUUAUCCCGACAUCACUUACAUUAUCAAGUUGAGGAGAAGACCCAUGUUUUAUGUUUUCAACCUCAUUCUACCCUGCCUUCUUAUCAACGGUAUUGCUCUACUAGUGUUCUACGUACCGUCGGAAUCAGGAGAAAAAGUCACUUUGGGAAUAAGCGCGCUUCUCUCCAUGACUGUCUUCUUAAUGACAAUACGGGACACGUUGCCACCUACUGAGAAGACACCCCUUAUUAGAGUGAGAGGGCAGCCGGUGCCGAACGUGCUGCGCGAGCUCGUGCUGCAGCGCCUCGCGCGGCUGCUCUUCAUCAACCUUGACACUGACGCACCAAAGGGUGACGGCGGCGCGCUGGCUGCGGGCGCGGUACAAGUGAACCCUCGCACGGGUUCGAGACUGAAGUCAGAAGUGCAAUGCGAUGGUAUACCUAUGACACCGGCUUCACCACGGUUUGCACGGCACAACCACAAUCACCUUGGAAUAUCAUCAAAUGUAGGUCCAACAAAUACUGGCAGCGGUGGAGCAUGUGGUGCAGGGGCCGAGACUGUGUGUGCGGGCACGUGUCCCAAGUGCGCAUGCUGCGGUUGUACAUUACGCGAGGCUGCCGCGCGACACGAACAGAGAGUCGCCGCCAACGAACGCCUGGAGCGGGCUAACCUUGAAUGGAAACAGGUGAAUUAA